AUGUUUCUUGCAUGUCCAUUAUGUGAAAGUAAUUUUCAAGAGAAAGUUAUUGAUAAUGUUGUAAGUGGAGCAACUAGAAUUAAAUGGUGGCAAUGGAUCAAUUUAAACGAACGUGCAGAAAAAAAGGAAUUUGAAGGAUCAGUUGAUGAAGCUGUUGAAUUGUUGAAAUCCAAAGUUAAAUAUUUUCUAUUUCAUGUCUAUAUUAAGCGUGAACAAAUUGAUUUCGCUGAAAAUUUUGGAUUGAAAGAGCAAGACGAAAUUCAAAGUGCUCAUCGGAAUACAAAAACUCUAUCUAUAUUUACAGCUUAUGUAUGGUCUAAAAGUCAAGGUUUUUCAUUUUCGCUUCCAUCGAAUGACGUCUCUCACGAUAAAUUUGUUGUAAACUCAGCUAUUGAAAUUAUUUUAAAUGAACUUAAAACACAUGUACCGAAUUUAAAACAAAUUGAUUUCUUUUCUGAUGGCGCCGCCCAACAAUUUAAGCAACGUUUUAUGUUUCGUAAUUUAAUUCAGAUGGCCCAUGUCAUCAUUAUGCUUCAAGUGUCUUACGUGGAAGAAAAAGAUGGUUCAGUCAUUAGUUAG